UUAUACAGCUGCUUUCCUGACCCUUGAGUUUAGAAAAUGAGGUCAACUUGAAGUCUAGGCUGUGAAGCCUCUCUGUGCCCAGGGAACUGCAGAUCUGAGCCCACAAAAUAAGAGCUAGAAGGGCUUUGGGGAACAGAUGAAUGGUUCUGAGCACUUAACCUCACUUGGGUUUCCAGCCUGGGAAGAGCUGACAGCAGCCAGCACUUUUUCCUAGGGUCAGCGAAGGGCAGAGGUUUGGCAUCACUCUCUGUUCUCAGUGGGAACCCUAAGGCCCCCUCCUCCCACUUUACAGAGUAAAGAGGAGGUGGCUGAACAGAGGAAGAUAUGAGCCUGGUUCUCUGCUCCUCCCUGUCUCUCCCUGCUUUUCCCCACACCCAUCCUCUCCCCCACAGCAGCCGUCUCCCCCACAGAGACGGGGAAGAGGGAGGGCGGUGGAGUUGGGGGCUGAAGGAUCAGAAGCCCCACGGUGCCCUGUGUCUGAAGGAAGCUCUGGCCAGGGACAGCAUGAUGCUGGGGAUCCUGGGGCUCUGGGCACUGCUUCCCACAGCUGUGCAAGCACCCCCCAUCAGGCGGACCUGUGUGUUCUUCGAGGCCCCCGGAGUGCGGGGAAGCACACAGAACCUGGGGAAGCUGCUGGAUGCAGGGCCGGGCCCCCCCAGGGUUAUCCACUGCCUCUAUAGCCGCUGUUGCUUUGGAAUCUGGAACCUGACCCAAGACCAGGCCCAGGUGGAGAUGCAAGGAUGCCGAGAUAGCGAUGAGCCAGGCUGUGAGUCCCCCCGCUGUGACCCAAGUCCCCGAGCCCAGCCUCGCCCCAGCUCUACUCUCUUCACCUGCUCCUGUGGCGCUGACUUCUGCAAUGCCAAUUACAGCCAUCUGCCUCCUCUGGGGAGCCCUGGGACACCUGGUUCCAAGGGCCCCCAGGCCAUCCCAGCUCCAGGAGAGUCCGUCUGGAUAGCGCUGCUGCUGCUGGCACUCCUGCUGCUGCUGCUGCUGCUGAGCAGCAGCAUCUUGGCCCUGCUGCAGCGGAAGGCCUGCCGAGUGCAAGGUGGGCCAGAGCCAGAGCCAGAGCCAGAGUCAGGCAGGGACUGGAGCGCUGAGCUGCCGGAGCUGCCUGAGCUACGCUUCUCCCAGGUCAUACGGGAAGGAGGUCACGCAGUGGUGUGGGCUGGGCAGCUGCAAGGCAAGCUGGUAGCCGUCAAGGCCUUCCCCCUGAGGGCUGUGGCUCAGUUCCAAGCUGAGAGAGCAUUGUACGAGCUGCCAGGCCUACAGCAUGACCAUAUUGUCCGCUUUAUCACCGCCAGCAGGGGCAGCCCUGGCCCCCCGCCCUGCGGGCCCCUGCUGGUACUAGAACUGCACCCCAAGGGCUCCCUGUGCCACUACUUGACCCAGCACACCAGUGACUGGGGCAGUUCCCUGCGGAUGGCACUGUCCCUGGCGCAGGGCCUGGCAUUUCUCCAUGAGGAACGUUGGCAGGAUGGCCAGUAUAAACCAGGUAUCGCCCACCGAGACCUGAGCAGCCAGAACGUACUCAUUCGGGACGAUGGGUCAUGCGCCAUUGGAGAUCUGGGCCUCGCCUUGGUGCUCCCUGGCCUCGCCCAGCCCCCAACCUGGGCCCCUACUCAACCCCGAGGCCCGGCUGCCAUCAUGGAGGCUGGCACCCAGCGGUACAUGGCACCGGAGCUCUUGGACAAGACUCUGGACCUUCAGGACUGGGGUACGGCCCUGCGGCGAGCUGACGUCUACUCUCUGGCUCUGCUCUUGUGGGAGAUCAUGAGUCGCUGCCCAGAUUUGCGACCUGACAGCAGACCACCACCCUUCCAACUGGCCUACGAGGCAGAACUGGGCAGCGCCCCCACCACCUGUGAGCUGUGGGCCUUGGCGGUAGAGGAGAGGAGGCGCCCUCAUGUCCCAUCCACCUGGUGCUGCUUUACCACAGACCCUGGUGUCCUGAGAGAGCUCCUGGAGGACUGCUGGGAUGCAGACCCGGAAGCACGGCUAACAGCUGAGUGUGUGCAGCAGCGCCUGGCUGCCCUGGCCUGUCCUGAGGAGGCCCACCCCUCCCCUGAGGGCUGUGCACGGGACUGCUCACCUUGCUGCCUUGAAGACCAUCUCUCCAAUCCUCCCGUCUGCCUUUCUCCCUCGUAGGCUGCAGCUGAGUGCCUGCCACGUCACUGUUCAGCAAGGCCCUUUUCCCAGAAAUCCUCAACCUACCUGGACUACUUCUCCUGUGUAAAUAUGCAUUUAUGUAGAAUCUGUGUUUGUUGUUGUUCAG